AUGGGCUUGUUAAGCAAAGCAACCAAGACUGAAGAGAAACUGUCACGAGACAGUCUGCCGGCAUAUACUCAAACUCCAGACCAACAGCCGGGGGUUGCUUCCUACUCAUUGAAUUUGGCUCAGAAUGCCGGACCUGCAGCCUAUACGACAGUCACUCACUCGGAGUGCAUCGCUCAUCUCAAGUUUCUCGCAGCGCUAUCUGAUCUGCGUGAUACGGUAACGAGCAUUCCAAAUACUUUUGACAUACCAGAUCCCGACCCACGAGAGUGUGAAUCUCAUAUCAACGAAGCGUGGGCACUCGUCAAGGAGAAGCGGUGGGCUGUCUAUACGGCUAAGGCUGUUGCACGUUAUACAUCCUGGUGGAAUGCAUGCGUUCCAGCAUCUCGUCCGCGGCCUACUGUCCAGCAGCUUUCCUCCUCUGAAUUUAACGAUAUUAUAUUAUGUAAUAGUCCCUUAACAUGGGCCCGGAACAAACUGCCUCCAUUAGACGUCCUGAUGGUUUGGCAUGCACAUAUGCUCAACCCUAGGGCCUUUCUUGAAGACUGCAUUCGGCAUGGAAAGAUUAGCUUCUGGUCAGCCGGAUUUCCAUGGGAAGCAAUAAAUGCCUCCAUCGACGACCAAGCACUGGUAUAUGACACCGGAAGUGAGGCAGCCACGGCCUUUAACGGCGAAACCAAUCUGGAAUGGGAUAUCCUUCAAGACAUGCCAUCGAAGAUGCUAGAUUGUCCUAGUUGCAGCCAUAUAAAUUUUGCACCCUGGGCUCGCGGGAGGUUAAGUCUCCCUCUUGAGAGUACGUUUGACAGCUGGACAGGUUACACGGACAAGAAUUUCCGGAUAUACUGCAGUCAUUGCAAGCUUAGAAUCACUCACGAUACCUUGCGUGUCCAGAAGUUUCGAAACGACAUCAGUGAUCUUUUGGAUGGAAAUCUUCCCAUGCCAGGGACCAUACUUAACUCAUGGGGCAUACCGGAACCCCAGAGCGCAACACGUCGACGGCUGCAGCAGGCGAACUUCCCCAAUCGGCUUCUUCAAACGGCCAAACGUGAUAUCCGCGAGUACAUGAGAUCGACCCUGUGGGUCAGCCCUAGCGUAACCAUGCUGCGCGACUACCUGGGAGCCUUGGUGCAAGACAAAGAGGUCAUGCGUAGAGCGAACCCAACUAGUGUUGGGACCUCCCUCUACAAAGAUGAGAAGAUCGCCUUCCGCCGCAUGAUGUCACGAUACUGGGACAACAGUUCCCAAUUCGCCCUCGAACUCGUCGGCGCUGUCGUCCGCCAGGGAACCUUCAUCAACAAAAUGGACAACAUCGACUGGCUGCACUCGCCAACCCUAACAGAAACAAUGCUACGCCUAAUCCGCAAAUACGCCGUCUUUUUCCAGAUCAUGGCGAGCAACCCAGGCCGCAUGGCCGUACCGACCCUCGACGUCGACCUCGCUUGGCACACCCACCAACUCACGCCCGGCCGCUACUUCGAAUUCUCCAUACACCACACCAAACAGGACGGCCGCUGCCCAAUCUUCAUCGACCACGACGACAAAGUCAGCGAAACCAAACUCUCCGACGGCUUCGAGUGGACCGCCAAAAUGUACCGGAAGCUCACGGACGGUGGCAUCUACAGCGAAUGCACCUGCUGGUACUGCGAGGCCACCCGGGGCGCAGAUAUUUACAGCCGCAUGCACUUCCCAGCCUCCUCCGGCGCAAAGGCCCGCUCGGCGGCUGUCAACCUACAUGAUAAUCCGGAGAUCUCCUCAGACCCGGAGAAGAACCCACAUAUCUCCGCGCACAGCGCCGUCAAGACGAAAAAUAUUAUGGCAGCCGUAGACCCUAACCUGAUGAAAUUCCUCAAACUGCGCUCCGAUUACGAGCGCAGCUGCCGGCGCGCCGACAAGCGAAACGGAAAGUCGCUGCCGGACAAGGACACCAAGGCGAAGCGCAGUUCAAAAUACGACACGGAUGCGUAUGCCGCGUACCCGCUCAUGUGGGGGUAUCCCGUCUACGUACCUUAUUAUGCGCCCUAUGCUGGAGACCCUGGUGUGCAUUGCGAUGCGUAUGCUGCGGAUCCAAGCUGCAUGAGUCUUCAACCUGGGCAUCCUGGGAACUGUGCUACCGGGACCUGCGGGGGUGCGGUUGCGGCCGGAGCAUGUGGUGGGAAGGGAGGCGGGUGUAGCGGUGGCUGUGCGGGUGGUGGUUGUGGUGGAGGGGGGGGUGGUUGCGGGGGAGGAGGCUGUGGCGGCGGUGGUGGUGGUGGUGGAUGCGGCGGCGGCGGUGGAGGGGGUUGUUGA